AUGGCCAGCAAGGAGAAGCGGGGUCCGCUGGGCCCGGCGCGGGGCUUGGGGCCGCCGCCCUCCCCUCCAGAAGCUGGGGCUCCUGCCGCCGCCGUGGGCUCGGAGAGCAGCGCUCCUCCAGCACAGCCUCCCCUCACCCUGGUGCAGCCGGUGUCCCCUGGGGACCCCGGCUUCAGGCUGCUGCUGGAGGAAAACGCUUUCCAGGCCUUGACCCAAGAGCCUCUGCUCAAAAGGCCACGCACCUCCCAGGACGCCCUGUCGGUGGGAGAAGGCAGCCUCCUCUGCCUGCCCUUUCCCAAGAAGCUGUGGGCCAUCGUCAACAGCACCCAGUUUGCGUCCAUUUGGUGGGCCAAGGAUGGCACCUGCAUAGGCAUCAACGAGAAGCUGUUUCAGAAGGAGGUUUUGGAGAGGGAGGGUCCGGACAAAGUGUUCGAAACGGACUGUAUGAAGAGUUUCGUCCGCCAGCUCAACCUGUAUGGAUUCAGCAAACUGCGCCGGGACGUCCACACAUCCAUCCGCCUUACCAGCUUUCUCACCGGAGGGGCCCCUGUCCACGUCCUGAGCAAGUUACAGUUCUACAGGAGCCCCUUCUUCAAGAGAGACUGUCCUCACCUGCUCCUGAGGAUGAAGAGGAGAGUGGCCGUGAAAUCCACAGUAAGGCAGAUGGAAAGCGAGCCCGAGCCCGACACCCUGGGCGUCCCCCCGGCGGCACCGAGGCCCGGCCUGCGACACGAGGGAGUCCCGUCCCCUGCCGGGGACCCGCCGGAGCCAGAGAGCAGCCCACAGGGCGAGGGCCCCACCACCCGGGUCAGGAGCGAGUCGGCCCCUCCUGCCAUGCUCGGCGCGGCGGCGGCCAGGACCCCCGUGCCCGACACCCACGCCGCAGCAGGCCGGCCCGCGGACGGCCAGCCCCAGGGUGCCCAGGCGCCCAUGCCCCUCGCGCCGGACGUGGCCCAGGCCGCGACCUUCCCCUGGGUCUGUGUCACGCUGCCUCCCGCGCAGAUACACCCUUCCGCGCCGGUGCUGGGCCUCGCCCCCGGGCCCCCCGUGCUCCUCCCCGUGCCCACCGUGCAGCUCCCCGUGGCUGGGCUGCUGCCGCUCUACCACACCUGGGUGCCCGGCGUGGCCGCUGGGCCUGGUGUGGCUGCCGGACCCGUCACCCCCGUGACCGUGACACCUCACCCCCCGAGCCCCUUCCACUGCUGUCCCGACUGCCGCUGUUUCCCCGAGUACCUGCCACCGACCGCUUGGCCCCCCGAUUGCCCCCCCUAG